AUGGACAGGAUCCUCAAGGGCGUCACUCAAGUAGGAUGUUACAUCGAUGAUGCCAUCAUAGGAGGGUCAAGUAUUGAUGACUGUCGGCUGAAGCUGGAAGAAGUGUUGACCCGGUUACGCGAUCACAUUGUGACGCUGCGCAUGGAGAAAUGCAAGCUCUUUUGCAGCGAAGUUCGCUACCAGGGCCACGGAAUUUCAGCGGAGAGAAUCAGGCCACUUGGGUUAAAACUGACACUCGUCCGCAACUUCACCCACCGGGCCAAGCGGUGGGAAGACAUCGUGCCAGUGUCCGCCAAACUGCGCCAGCAAGCCCUGGCCAUCUGCAAACAAGUCGCCAGCGAGCUGCAUCGACUCGAGGGAAGCGACUUCAGCGAGCGGGUGUCGGCAUCUGAAUGGGUGUCGCCACUCGUGAUCAUCCGUAAGAAAGAUAAAGACAUCCGGCUACACGUUGAUCUGCGAGAACCCAACAAGGUCAUUGUAAUGCACGCUUUCCACUGCCCCAUGUAG